GGGAUUAAGCGCACAGCAGGGUAGUAUGAGGAGUAUAUAUCCGGACGUCGGCGGCUAGGAAAAACAGUUAGCUAAGCCGACUGUCACAGAUGUCGAGAAAUACCAGCGUUGCGUUUUAGUACGAAAUAAUAAAAUACCACCAGUAUUCAUGACUUCUCUCACAUAAUUCGUCAAACGCUAUACCUUUAAACUCAUUUUACACACCAACAGCGAGUUUUCAUCGACUUUGGUGCACUAAAUGGAGGACAAGAAGGAAGACGGCGACUCGGAGAUACAGGAACACGGACCCGAGCACUGGUUCUCAAAAUGGGAGCGGCAGUGUUUGGCCGAAGCGGAGCAGAGGGAACCAACUGAGGAGGAGGCCGACAACGAUCAGGAUAAACUGUGGCAUCUUUUCCAAAACUGUGCCACUGCUGUGGCCCAGUUAUACAAAGGUUCAAACCCGCGCUCUGAUUAUGUUAGUCUGAGGACUCACUCCUAGAGUACAUUUGUCCUGAUCAGAUACCGGACAACCUACCGAGCCGAACCCGGAGCUGCUGUUAGCGGCGGUAUCAGUGGGAUGCUAACUAGCUAGCUAGUUAGCUACCUCGCUGGCCAGUACUGGGCAACGUUUACAGCUGAUUUUGCAAUGCUAAAUUUAGCUAGCCUAUGCUAUCAAGCAAAAAUAGUAAUGAAGUCGAAUUUCUUGUAAUGCAGUCUUUUCGACUGGCAAUCAACCAUUGUUUUACUGAGAGAAAAAGACAACAGGUCCAAGCGUCGUUGAUAAAAGCUUGUUGACACAAAGUUAGACAGCUGAUGAUCGCUACCCUGACGUUAGCCUGGCUAGUUACAAAAUGGCGAUGGUAACAACAAUCGUAGCUACGCGACAUUCCCAGAUGACAGUCUGCUGUGUGCUGUCAGUGUUACCAUCUGUUAUACUGGAUACCAUCAGCUGCUGAAAAGUGCCAACAACAUGUAAAGUUAACGAAACAAAGGCGUACCCUGUUCUUAAACUCGCAGUUUGCUGCUGAGUUUGCAGAUAGCCAGGCAGUGAGAGCUUUUCUUAUUAUCACAAAAUGGCGAGGACAGUAUUUGUUGGUCGAGAAAAUAUCGGUUUGUCUAUAUUCUACUCUGAUCGCGUAGUUUUAGACUGAAUAAAUCCCGGUACAAACAGGCGAAGCCCGGCUUCUGUAUAUGCUUCUUAUUUUGCCUGGGUGUUUUCCAUGGCUUAGCAACUUUCUUGCUGAGGGGGCAAUUAAGUUGUGCUUCUUUGCUAAACAAGCUGCUACCAAGUUGGCCAUCUAGCGCCGGAGGACAGUUAUUUAUAUGCCCAACUAUGUCCAUUGAACUGCAGAUACGAGACAAAACGGCGAAAGAAAAUUCACUUUAGUCAUUUAAUUAUUUAGCUGAUUUACCUUUCAGGUGUUGAGUUGUCCUUCAGUCACAUUAAUCAUGGGUGCUUGGUGUUAAAUAGCGACAGCAUUAUGUACAGACACUAAAUAUAUUUCCUCUUUCCUUCCACAGACAGAGUUUGUCAUCAGCAGGGCCUUUCAUUGUGGGUACCAUUUCAGAACUCUGCCACAGCAGUAACUAACCUCUACAAAGGUAUUUCACCAUAUUCAUCUCCACACUUUCUUUGUGCCUUUGAGCAAGUGGUAUUUGAUCUGACAACUUGUGGGCCUGUCGCUGUUAUUGCGCUUUGUCCUGUCAAUGUAAACUUCUGGCUGUCAUUAGACUUAUGGACAUGUUCCUGAUCAAUACAUUCACCUGAUGUAGUAAAUACAGACCUGGUCAUGAUCACUCUUAUCUGUAAUGAAUCAAUCGGUUUUUCCCAAGGGGGUUGUAGGUUCUUGUCAGUCUGUAAGGGAGGGAGAAAAUGGCUCAGUUUCUAAACUUUCACUAUCUGGAAGGAUGUCCAUUGUGAAUACUUGGCCAGUCUAAUGCAAAUCAGUACUACAGCUCUACCAUAAAUGCUCCAGGAAGUUCCUUAUGUUCAUUAUUGAAGACAUAUUGGCAAAUGGAGUGCUGUUCUGGAGCAUGUGAUACUGAAGGCGUUUUGUUCAUUUCAUUGGCAAACUAAAAGGGAGCAAAUCAUCAGCAAUCCCUUUCAAUAGAAAACACUCCAGCACACCACCAACUCCUAGCAAAACUUCAGCAAUUACUUCUAAUAAACAGUUCUUACCUGUCUGAGCAUUUCAGCAAAAAAUACUGACAGAGAAGCUUCAUUGAGGUAGAAUCUCUGGUAGAGCUAUUGUGAGUAUUUCUGGUGCAUGUUCUUUUAGACCAAGGGUACAAUACUUGCUCUGAUCUUUGAGAUGAUUAUGAUGAAGGAUGAAGGAUUUGUAUUCUCAUUGAGUUGUCCACUAUCACAGAGAGUGUAGAGGCACAUCAAAGAAGCUUUGACCGGGGCCUCCAGAUAGGACACCAACGACGCAAUAAAGUGAGUCGAUAUCCUUUGUUGCCUUUUAUGAGGCACCUCUAUUUUGUGCUUAGACUGAUCAUGUCAUCAGACAUCCCAGUCAUAUGUCCUGACAGUUAAGAAUGAGGUGCUUAUAUAUGACAACUUUUAGGUGAAAGAAAGUGUGAUGUGUCAGGGUUCUUUUAAACAAAAGCCAGCAAAUUUCCAUUAGCUGAUGGAUCACUCUUGUUUGGAUUACAGGACAUGUUGGCCUGGGUGAAAAAGCGUCGGAGAACCAUCCGGAGGGAGGAUCUUAUCAGUUUCCUCUGCGGCAAAGCACCACCACACAGGAGUAGCAGGGCCAGCACCCGGCUGACUAUGGUGGCCCCAAGCCGGGCUAACUCACCAGCUGAAACUGGUUCCUCUGUGGAGGCAGACCUUCAGCCUUUCAGGGAGGCCAUAGCUCUGCACGGUAAGAGUAUUUGAGGCAAAUCUGACAAAUGAUUGAUUCAUCCCAUGGGGUCAUGUGAUGUAGCAUCAUAAAACGUGGUACUGCUGGUUUAUGAAGUGGGUGUAUAGAGCCACUGAGGCUGAAUAUGCGCUGUUUUAAGAAUAAGAAGAACUUUCUUAAUCCCCGAAGGGAAAUUCAAUUGUCUGUUGUCUCACUUGAUUUGUCUCUAAAAGUUAUCUACUAUUUACACAAGAGUUAUAAAGCCUGAUGGCUGUCAGUACAAAAGAUCUUCUGAAUCUUUCUGUCCUGCAGCAAAGUCAUUAUUGGGCAUGCUAACAUGGGGAAGCUCGCUGCUUGGUCAAAAGAGCUAGACUUUGCCAAUAAAUCACAGAUUCUCAGUUUGAAAUAUCAUCCGGAUUGUUCACUUAAGUGCUAAUUCACUGUGCUGGGGAUCAACAGAAUUGCGAUGCUGUCCCAGCACUGAACUACAGCAGAAUAUACUGCUCACUAAAUGUGUUUUUGAGUGUGUGUCAUUCCUGUGCUGAGUUGUUGUACUCACAGGUGUCCCAGAGAUAAGGGUGUGUGGUGCACGGGUGUGUUGGUAUUAGCAAAUGACAGAAGAGAGCCUCACUUAGCUGUGUGUGUGCGCGCAUGUGUGCGUAUGUGUUUACAAGUACAAUCAUCUCACUUCACUAGCAGUUUUUCUAAUUACAUCAUUGUAUGUUUGCAGAUGCAGCUGUGCAGAUCAGUCAUGUAUGUAAAGAGCAAUGUAUUGACAUUUCUGUUGUGCUGUUAGCACCAUCAAACGUUUUAGAUUAUCUAAAGGUCUCCAGGUUCCAAAAGGGGCCAUUUUAGGGAGGAGCUUAGGUCAUGUCAGGUUGAAUGAUGUGAGGCAUUUGGUGGUUGAAGUUACAGACAAAAGUUCAGUGUAUGUCAGGGGCUUUCAGUUAUCUCUUCUCUCAGUUAUAAGAAACAUCACUAUUAGUCUGUAUUUAGACUGACGUGAACAAAGUGUGUUUUUGUCUCACUGCUUUGAAAUCCUCUCAGGUUGGAGAUGGAAUUGCUUGUUGAUAGUCUGUUACAUUGUGGUGUGAAGUCACAGACACUAAUGCCAAAAGAAAUCCCACCACAUACAUCAACUUUUUAAAACCAUCCCUUUGAUUCAUUUGGACUCGAAUUAUAUAACCAAAUGAUGGCUCAUGUCUUCUCAUAGGCUAUUUAAAUUGAUAAUUUUUUUGAAAAACAUCUCAACAAUGCAGUUCUUCGAAGGCUUGAACCUGACCCCUGGGGUUCUCAGAAAUCCAAAUGAAGACAGUAACGGACCCUGACCUAACCAUCUCAGUGACUUUUCCAAAAUUAAAGCUGCUUACCUGCUUUGCCCUUCCAUUCAUUCGGAGGAUAUCUCACAAGGCCACCAAUAUCAAUUACACUUUACUUCUUAGUUUCAUGUCAGACAUACAGAACACAAUUUUUAGCAGUCUCUUUUGGGUUUUAAUUCAACAAAAUCAGAAGAAAAAAACUCAGUUUUUAUAGUUGAUCAGUGUUAUUCAAUUCAUAAAGUUAAUUGACAGUGUCUAUUGACUUUUAGUUUUAGUGUUGGUUGUACACAGUAGAGGGUAAUGAAGCAUCUGAAAAUACCGGAAGAAGUGACUUCACUUGUAGCAAAAUACCAGCAUAGCAACUUGUCACAAGUUGCUAUUAGAGAGUACAAAGUCUCUGUCCAAGCAGUUGGCUUGCCUCACAUCAGAAUCACUGACUGAUAUGGUAAAAAAAAAAAAAACUCAACUUGAUGUUUGUGCCAAGUAUAUCUCUGUCUUGUUUGAGUUCUUCAGUAUUGGUUUUCCUUGUCGAGGUCAUUGAGCUGGUUUAAAGCGAGUCUGUUCAUCUCUUGAUUCUUUUGCCAGUGACACUCUUCCUCUCCAUCCUGCCUUUUCUCUCUCAGGUCUGAGUGGAGCCAUGGCGAGUAUCAGUGUACGGUCUGGUACUCCAGGAUCACCAACACAUGUGAGCGGGAGCAGCAGUAAUGGAGGCAGUACAGGUGGCAGUGGCUCCUCUGGCUCUGGGCCAGUGUGCCGCAACAGGCGUAAUGGGCUCCAAGAUGUCGACCUGAACACUUUCAUCUCAGAGGAAAUGGCCCUGCAUCUGGACUCUUCAGGCUCUGCCUCUUCUGGAGGGGGAGGAACCAGGAAACGAAACUCCACCCAGUGUAGUGAUGUCAUCACAGACUCCCCCACGCACAAGCGCAACAGGAUGAUCUGAUCUGCUGCCUGCCUAUGUGCAUGAGGGGGUGUGGGGUAGGGAGGGGGCCUUGGAAGCCAAGGCUAGGAAAAGGGGGAUGGACAGGCUUAUGUGGGGCAGAUGUGUGCAGGACCAGACAGACACUUGACUGUGCAGAAGACCCCCAGCUGACAACACAAGCAGGGACUGAAGGUCUGUGUUCACUCUUUUGAGACGUUGAACCAGUUCUGUUCCUUAUCUCCUGUACAACGUCAUUAUGAAUCACUGACCUGCAAUCAAAACACUCAAAGAGUGUGUGUGUGUGUGUGUGUGUGUGUGUGUGUGUGUGUGUGUGUGUGUGUGUGUGUGUGUGUGUGUGUGUGUGUGUGUGCAUGCGUGUGUGUGUGCGUGCGUGUGUGUGUGUGUGUGUGCGCGUGUGUUUGUUUGGGAGAAGGGGUGUGAAUCCAGCACCUCUGCCCUACAGGAGGCCGAAGGGAGUCACAACUCAUUCUAGGAUGCAUCAGUUCUCAAAGGGGUGCAGAUGCAGAGUGCUGCUUGACAAGUAUAAGCCACUUGAUUUCUGACACAUUAGUGCUCUUCCCUUCCUUACCUUAACCUCACCCAUCCUCAUCCACCACCUUAAUAAGGAAGUGAGGGCCAUGAUCAAAUUGUCUCACUCAGAGAAUCUAGUUUCUCGCCAAAUAUUGAUUCCCACUCUGUCAGACAACCACAUGCCUCUUUUUUCUGUUACUUUGUCAUUGCAGCUUUUAGUGGGUGUAGCAAAAUUGUCCAGUGGGAGAACUUUUGUGACAUCAUCCUGCCGCUUGUACCCAGUUACAUGACACUGGCUAUUCAGUUGAAAGCGUGUAAUGUUUGGACACUCAGACGAUAUCUUCUGCUUACUGGUCUGCUUCAAAAGUGGCUCAUUUUAGUUCAUCCAGUCCUCUUUUUUGUCCUUUUUGUUACUAGUAUUUCAGCCACCAGUGUUAAGUUCCCAGUUUUGUUGCCAUGGCUUUUUCAACAGCGAUAGCCAAGUUAACUUUGCUUUUUUCCCCACCUCCUUUUCUUUUUGUCUGUUGUUUUUCUGAGGAUAAUGGAAAGGAAUUGUUUCUCUUAUUUUGUGUGUACAUCUUUUCAGACAGCUGUUUUUUUAAAUGUUGCCCUCUUCCUCCUUUACCCUCAUCUUAUUACAAAAGCAGCUGCUGUUGUAUGUAAUCUUGUGAUUAUGCUGAUGAGUUGCAAUAAGGAUUUUUUGCACUUAGUUUUCAACUCUAACUCAUGCAAAUGAAAUCGGCUCUUCCAUCAUGUCCAGUUGUAGCCCUAAAGAGGUCUGCUCAUGGUCGGUCCACACAUAUCUUAGGAGAAGAGAUGAAGCUCUCUGGCACACACCUCUGGUCUCCAGAAGUCCUUAGGAGUAUUAAAUCAAGUUGUGGAGCAUUUCUGCAUGUGGGCCCUACCUUUUUCUUCAGGAACUUGUAGUCCUUAUCCGUCAGGCAGAAGACUUUACAAGUAGAUAAACAGUGCUGUAAAGAAAGCAUGAAUCACAGAAUUGUCAAACAUAGGCAGCAUUUCUGAAAAGAACCACAAAAACAAUGACAGCUAGUGCAGAAAAAGCUCCACUGUUGGUCUGGAUAUUUGGACAGUCUGCUCUCUGUAUAAGGGACAUGUGCAUUAAGAAGUGGAUGGGUUUGAUUUAAAUGUAGUACAGGAUGGUGCAACAAGCAGCUUGUUUCAUUCUUGAAAUGGGUGUUGCCUUCCAUCCUUCUGUAAGGGAGUAGAGAAGGAGACACUGACAUCACACAGGUCAGAACUUAAGCUGGUUGUCGUAGUUUCUGGUACUGCAAAUUUUACUCAGUUGUGGCUCUAAAUGCUAGAUUACUGGAGUAAAAUGUGUGCUUAUUCUUUGAAUUACUCCCUCAUUUGUUGGGCUGCCUUGACUAAAAGUAUCCCUGGGCAACUAAUAGUUGAGAGUUGUGUUAUUUGGUUUAUUUAGAGGAUGAACAAAUUGGCUGAGUCCCUGUGCUGCUUCAAGAAUUUGUUCACAAAAUUAUCAAAUGGAUGGAAAUUUACUCUGAUGUGAUAUGCUGUAAUGAUCUAGAAAAGCGAACAAGACCAUUUGGAUGAAGGCUGAUCAUCUCUAUAGAUGCUGUCACCCUGUAGGUGCCAGAAAGGUCCAUUCUUUUAACAGCCUUUGUUCACAUUUUUCCCAGCCAAGAGCCACAGCAAGUGAAAUUUGACUGUUAAUGAAAAAUAGAUGAUAUUUAUUGUCAGGUAACACUGCUUUGCAUGUACAGGACAAAACCAGAAAAGAGCCAGGAGACCCUUUAUAUCCACAGGGGUCACCAAAACCAACACAAACCAAACUGGUUGCCAGGAACCUAUAAAUUCUGGCCAUGGUAAAAUAAGCCAGUAUGACCAGUAACCAGCAUGUAUCAGGGAGACAGUUUCAUGAGACUCAUUUAGUUGCUGUAGCCUAGCUUGCAGCUCAGUGAAACUGAGUUAAAUAUUGUUAAAGAUAGGUGCUUUGUUUUGUAAGCGCUGCCAACAAAACCCACAGCCCUUUUUUAAAAUCUUAUUUGUGAACUUGGGCUUUUGAGGAAACUGAAAUUGUGACUCUUUUUUACUUAAGCGCCCUCGGAAAGCAUGGACUUUGUGUCCUAUGUCAGUGUACAGCUCUGGAAUGGAUUUGAAGUGUCUGAAACAUCACUCUUUGUUGAGUGACAUUUGGUUGACCGCUGGAAGGCAGCUCUAUUCAUAACAAAUACAGCAUCAAAUGUUCAAUGAAGCCAUCUCACUCAAACGAGUGAUACAGUAAGCUUGAAGUGGGUCAAAGUCCUGUAACACCUGACUUGUGAGAUGGUAGUGCUUCCUUCUCUGAUUAUUGUCCCUUACUCUUCACCUCCCCCUUCACCUUUGCCAAUUUGACAGAGGGGUUUGUCUUUUUCUUUAUAUACAGCAUGCCAGUUCUUAUUCUGUUACAGUUUAGUCACAGAUUUCACUCUUUUUGCGUUUAUAGAUUGGCUUUUCUAUACAGAUGUGAUUACUGGCUUGCUAGAGUAUGAAAUGAACCAGGCUGAGAUUUGCUAAUUCUCUCAAAAUGAAUGAAUAAUCUUAAGUUUUGGAGUUGUUUUUUUUUCUUUCAAGUGAAACCUAUGAAUUAGACCACACACAGAUAUAUAUAUAUAUAUAUAUAUAUAUAUAUAUAU